GUGUGUAUAGACCUUACAGGUGCGGCGUGAGACGGGGCGUAUAGACCAGUCCUCGUAGACUGCACUGCGUCAUCUGCGUACUCUCAUCUGGGUCAACACAAAACACACGGCUAUGGUGUCAUGGGCCUUUCCAGCGGUGCUCGCGUUCACAGCGACGCUUUCCAUACUGUCUACCGGACAGGCCGACUGCGAUGCAAAGCCGAAGAAGCCAGUUAAACCCAAGGCUAUUCCGAACCUCCUACAGAAUUACAGGGAUGGGUGGAAACUCACGGCUGAACUAAACAACGCGGACGAGAAACUGACGACGUACAUGGUCGAGUACUACGACACGGAAACGAAGCAAGGCUUUCUGAGCUUCAAGCAGAACGGACUCGACGACUUGAACCUCUUCUACAUCUCCGACACCUCGGAACUAUUCGUUUACCAGAAAGGUUCUUGCAAGGUGAUGGAUGUGCAGAACCCACCCGAUCCCGUCAAAUCGCUCGUUCUUCGGUGGCGAAACUGGCGUCAGAAUUCUACGAUCCUGGGUCCUUCCGCACUCUUCGCGAGGGCUUGGCUAGCCCAGAGCAAAGAACUGUAUUACCAAGGUCCGGCUGAGCCAAUACGAGGGAUUAAAAGCAUGCAGUGGGCCGCCUGCUACCCUGAAGACGACGAGCCGACGCGGGUUUGGUUUGCAGAUGCCAUCUGGGAAAUGGGCUACGGUACGGAGAAGUCCUUGCCUCUCAGGAUUACCACUGGACCGCAUACUAUCGAUAUCAUGAUGAUGCAACCUUACGUGAACGACGACGAUGACGUUUUGAAAAUACCAACGGGAAUGGGAUGCAAACGCUUGGCUAAAGAUCUUCCGAUGCCACCUAAUUUCUCGAACCUGGACCUUGAGUUUCACGUCGAGAUGGCUUUCACCAAUCCCACGCUGCUUGGCCCGGACCACUAUAUAUCGCAUUUAGAAGUGAUACGAGAUGACAGGGACAGUAUCCUGAGUGUAAUCGGCGCAGACUGGACGGCGGCUAAGAAGAACACUGGAUCUUCCAUCGCGAAUUUGCAGUGGAUCUACGACUACGCCAAUGGUCACACCUACAGCUACGUCGACCGCAGCGGAACGUACGGAUGCAAGGUAGACGCGCAGGACAACGUCCGACCCGUGGUUAAACUUCCGGACAAAAAUGAGGUCAACAUGAUGGACACCAUACUGCCCACGUACGACGUACUCAAGAAAGCAAGCUACCUCGGCAUCCAAACCGUCCGUGGAAUGCCCGUGCACACCUACGAGUUGGUGACGGAUCCAAUGCCAGUGGGGGGUGCUCACCUUAUGUACGCUGUGCUGAUCUACAGCUUUCUUGCGGAGGACGCUAUCAUGGACACAUCGGUCAAUCAAAGGAAUCUGCCGAUCCGUGUCGCCAUGUAUGCCUACGUUAACAAGAUGACUCAGCCGUACUUCUACUUCUUCGCAAACAUCCACGACAUUACGACCGAGGUGAGAGACCUGAACAAGAAGUUGAACGUGAAGAACUGCUACAACGAAGAGGACUCGGACUACACCUGGGUGCAACUUGGCUUCCCCGUGUCAAAGAACAUGCUCUUCUUGACUAUGAACCGUGGCAACAUUGAGCGCAGAUUUCUGGCUGAACUGCAACGCGUCACAAGACUGUCACCUCUGCGGACUCCUGACGUCAUGAUUGACUUCACCGAAAACAUGGUCUACAUCACUGUGCUCAUUCUGGGACAUCCCUUAAUUUCAGCUGACUACAAGGAGAUCCAGAACAAGAAAAUCAUGGAACCGGAUUGGUCCGAAGGGGUAAUCACGCUGGACGACUGCCUCAAAACGUGUUCGUCAAACCAAUACAAAGAGUGCAGCGCGAUCUCUUACUGCGGAUCGUUCUGCGCCACAACGACGAAGAAGGACGUGGAAUCGGGUGGAGUGCUUGAGAACUCCGUUGAAUGUAAUACUUACGUGAAGACAGAGCGUUCCUUACGAAGGAACGUCGUGCUGACCAGGGAUGCAAUCAAGGACUUAGAAGGGGCCUUGUUGAACAGCGAAUUUAAGUUCAUCGUGCAGCACCUUGGAACAAGCGCAGUGGUGUCCACACUCGUCGCCGAAACCAUGGAGUACUCCACCGGGGAACUUCGUGAGGUGUUCGGGGAGAAGGAUUCCGCACUCAGGCAUCUACAUCAAAGGGGUCUUUACCGACCGGAGGGUUUCGUAGAGUAUGGCGUGGGCUCACGUCUUACGACGACCACGACGUACGGCAUGUACGUGGGCUCGUUCGAGACGCAGGACUGCGCCGACAUAUGCCGCGACCGCGAGGACUGCUUCGCCUUCUCGACCUGCCGGGUCAGCAAGCAGUGCAUCAUUACCACCGAGGCCCGAAAGCCAGCGGCCCAGGACACGGAGGUCCAGUCCGAUUGCAGCGUGUUCACCAAGAGCUUCGAGAGCAGCUUCGAGGAACUGCCCGGCAUCUGCUAUUCGUUCGCGGCCCGCAAGUACGCCAACGUGAGCCAGCCGGGUGAGUGCGCCGCCAUGUGCCUGAACGAGAAAGAGUUCUCCUGCAAGGCAUUCGACUUCUGCACGAGGCCACGCAAGGGCAAGCCUCAAUGCCGCCUGCAGGACAGGCACAUCCUCGAGGUCAGCGACCCGGCAGACCUCGACCGAAGCGACGCCGAGAAGUGCAGUCACUACACACGCAAGCACAUCAGUGACUACCGCAAGGAGCGCUUCAUUCGCCUACUGGGCACACCACGCACGACAAUCAAGAAGGUGUCCGAGGCUGAGUGUGCCCGCCAGUGUUGGGAGGCCACUUUCCGUUGCGAAAGGUUUGACCACUGCUCAGGAAAGCAGGAACUUGGCAAGGGCGACUGCCUGCUCUUCGACGGCGACAAGGGAACUGACGGCACCGUCAUGUCGCCCAUCUGCAACUCGUACACGUACACGGGAAACUACGAUCGUCCUGUAGCGCAAGCACCCUCAGCGCUACACAGCAAUGCAAAGGCAACGGGCCUUUCCUUCUUCAUGAUAUUCCUGGGCGUAGGCAUGGCGGUCUCAGCACUUUUCGCCUACGGCUUUUACAAGACCAGGCAGGCCAGCAGAAGAUGACGAUGACAAUUACGAAUAAUAAAAUAUUUAUAGAAAAGUCAACCAUUACAAA